ACCCUGUGAAAAAUGGAAAAGUGUUUUUCAGCUUUAUUUUUAAAUUGCGUAACGAAAAAUGCGGCCAUGUUUGAAGAUUUCUUUGUUUCGGUCGUACAUUUAAAACCUUUCCCUAAACCUUCAAUUGAAUAAUCCUUAAUUAUUCACAAAUAUUAUCAUAUCCAAGACAUACGUACUUCAACAAGUUAUAAACAUUUAGGUUUACAAUAAAGAUUCAGCAAAAUCGAGGUCAAUGACAUUUUUGCAUGACCUCACUCAAACAUCCUACAAAAUAUGAUCUAAUAUCUUUAAAACAGUUUAAAAAUUAUUAAUUCUCAUAAUUGUUCAUUUUCAUAUUUUUAUUUCACAUAAUAUAUUGAUAAAAGCCUCUAAUGGAUAACUGAAUAAAACUCACAGCCAUUGAACCGACACCACACAGUACACAGUGCUGUGUAUUGUGAAAGUAUUGCGAAGAGAAAGUGAGCAUCAUGCUAUAGAUACAUGUGCGCACUCACAAACUUCUAGUAUGUAUAACUAACUGGUCGAGCCCGUGUAAAAAACUUUCUUUAACCCACUUUCUUGGUUGACAAUCACGUUUGCCUCUCACCAUCGAGACAACUUAGUGUUGUACGUCUGGUGGUCGGUAGUGGUAUGCCCUACCAGUGUCCCAGUGUGAUCCCGUUGUGGUGUGGUGGUGGGAUGUAUGGACGUGGGGAUAGGCGCGGGUGCGUGCUGUGACGAAACUAGGACAGUGUAGUUUUUUUUUCGAAGUCGCCGAAAAGUCGAAAGAACAUGUGCGACAUGCAGAACAUGCCAUCAAGAGAUGAUACAUCUUGUGACGAAGAUAGCGAGAUGAAUUUCGCUACGUUUGCUGCGGGAGGUGCGCAUUUCGUGACCACUGGAGGGCAGCUACCGGUUACGAAAAUUCAACAGAAUGUGUCGAACAAUGGAAACUCUUUAUCACAGAUGGUAGGUAUGGUGGGGGGUGUCACUAUGGGCGAGGGUGGCAUGCAGUAUGUCCGGUCGCUGGACGGCGGCACCAGUUUGCAGCCCACUCCUCAACUCAUCUCCGUGCCUAUAGCGUUGCCCGGAGUCAAACCUGGUGAUCCGCAACCAACGGUGCAAAUACAGGUGCUCAAUCCGAAUCUACUACAAACUCAGCAACAACCGAAAUAUCAUAUGCAAAUACCCAUACAGGGAUUACAGAAUGGGCUCCAAGUAUUAACCGCUCUCUCACCAGAUCUGCAAGUUAUACAGCCUUCACAAACUCGAACACAUGACAGUGAACAUAACCAGCCUACUAUGCAUCAGGUAUUCAUAACACCGAACCAACAGAUUAUUAUAAAUGGUCCGGAUAAAGCUUUGAACAACAACACAGACAACAAUAAUCCGAACAUCACUAAUAUUACCAUCAAAGAGGAAUGUGAAGAAAACAUUGAUGAUGAAAGUUCACAAGGGACUGAGACAAGUGACAGUAUGUCAUAUCCAUCGAACCCCAGUGAUGAGGCGCUGCUAAUAAAGUACCUCAACCAAUUUCCGCAGGAAAAACAAUCAUUGCCUGCUUCUCUACAACAGUUCUUAAGGCUGAAACAUACUGAGGCAAAAAAGCAGAUGAUCGAAGUUGAAGUUCCACCAGAGCACGACAAAACAGUCGAGGCCGUCGCUGAAGCCAUUCUCAGUGAAGACGGCACUUUAAGAAUAAAAAGCAAGAAAAGAAAGAAAUACAAAAAGAAGCCAAGUAAACCGGCCCGACCGAAGCCAGGGCAGGUUGUCAUAGCGACUGCCGCCGAUGGAACACCCAUAUAUUGCUGUCCAGAAUGUCAGAUGGCAUACCGAGAAAAGGAUGAACUGGAACAACACCUUAGUGUUCACAAGAUCGAGAGGAGAUUUAUAUGUGGAAUCUGUGGCGCUGGCUUGAAACGCAAAGAGCAUCUAGAGAGACACAAGCUAGGACACAACCCGGAGCGGCCCUACGUGUGCUCCGUCUGCACCAAGGGCUUCAAGCGACGGGAACAUCUCAACCUCCACGCCGUGCUGCACUCCGGGGUCAAGACUGAGAUAUGCGGAGAAUGCGGGAAAGGCUUCUACCGUAAGGAUCACCUCCGCAAGCACACACGGUCGCACGAGAGUAAGCGAGCUCGCGAGCAAGCAGACGCGGCUACUGCUGAGAAGCCACAACCUGCCAACAACAAUACUUCUAGUAUACCCGAGAUCACCAUUCAUAUUCCAACGAGUUCAAGCAUGCAAGUGCCCAUCGAGAUAAACAUCCCCCAGCACCUCGUGACGUCACUGGCGUCAGCGCAGCAGCAGCAGCAGCAGCAGCAACAAGCACACGAAACACUGGACGCCCUAUUGGCCCAACACACCUGACACUCUGCUUAGCGGCCGCCCACACCGACGGGGAAACUCACACCAUGCCUUCGAUCCCAGCCCUAGAUAAAUGGGUAAAUGCAUAGUUUUUUUUAAUGUUUAAUAACACUCUAAAAUUAUCUAUUUCAUUUUUCAAUUUAAUAAAUGUAAUGAUUUUUCCCUUUCUAAAGAUUUCCGAAACAAUCAUACCAAGCAAAAGAAUCAAAAAAAGAACGAAAAUUGAGAAAAACCUCCCAUUCACGAGUUCAAAUAUUUGGUUCCACAAUCAUUGGAACUAAUACACUACAAUUACAAUAUUUUUUCAAAGGGAACCAAUUAUUUUUAUUGCAUGCUGAUAACGUCAUGCACAAGCCAUCAAUCAUUAUACGUUUAAGAAAUUUGAUCAAAUCAAUGGAAAUCUAAAUUUUAAGAACCUGAAUUAGGCGAAUAAAUUAGUUAAUAUUCUAGAUCUUGAAGGGAAAUGUUAGUAGGCUACUUGAUUAUUAAUUUCCUUUAUUGCGAAUAAAAUGUAAAUUAUAAGAUUGUUCUCGUAAAUUUAUGAAUUUUUAUAAGUCCCUGAAUGCUUCUUCUUAAAUAUAGAGCAACAAUGAAAUAGUUAUAUAUGGAUAAUGUUAUUGAUAUGGUGUAUAUGAAAUGAUUUAUUUUUGUAAGAACAUUGAAUAUUCAGUAAAUUAGCUAGCUGUACAGUUUUAUAUACAUAUCACACAUUUUGUGUAAAAAUAGCUUCAUUUCAUGCGUAAAAUUUAAGUUCGCAGUUGUGAUGUUGGCAAAAUGUAGACAUAGUAGUACACUUUUAACAAGCAUAUUUCAGAACAAUAAAUAAUAGUUAGUGUAAUGUAGAAAGCACAAAAGUGAAUGAAAACAAUAUAUAAUUUUAAACAGGGUUCUUUGAAAAAGGGAUUAGCAAAUUGUUAAAAUGAGCAAGACAUAAUAGUUUGUAAAUAAUUUAGAAUUUUGUACGGUACACUUUAGUUGACUGUGAAUAUAUCGCAGUGUAUAUUUUAGAAUUUUCUUUGCGAUAUAUUUAAAUGUUUGAACUGUCGAAUUGUCAUACUAAAUAGAGGUCAUGUAUAUAAUCUAGAACUUUUUAAAAUAACUCUAAAAUAUCCCUGUAUCAGUUAUAUUAUUAUUGAACUAAUAUUUUACCUCUGUUUUUAAGUAUUUGGAUUACAUUGUACUUUACUAUUAAAAUUAUAAUAAAUAAAACAUAGUUAUAAUAACUAUGUUAAUUGAAAGCAAUUACCUGUAUUAAUGGUUUUAGAGUAUAUAUAGAUAGUAUAGAAUAUGCGCAAAAGGUUAUAUUAUAUGAAAUAUUAAUUGUAUUCUAAUAAUAAUCUGAUAUAACUGUUAUGUUACUAUCAUGCAAGAAUUUGUUGACUUUGGAUGGUGAAUGCAUGAGUUCUGCCUAAGUUUUAAAUAAUAUAGUCAUUAAUUGAAUUCAUAUUCAUAUUCACAUUCACAAUAUAUUGCUCUACUGGAUUGAAAUGAAAGAAAACAAAGUAUCGGUUGAUAUUUGAAAUCUACAUUUAUAUAUUUUAAAUUUAGUAUUAUCAAACACAAUAAAUCCUGUCACUGAGACUUUUGAGCCAAAUGUUGAGAAAAAAAUUGAGUUAUUAAUUGAGAAUUUUAAUUCAUUCCAAAAACCAUAUGUUUUCAUUUCAUACCACUAAAAUAUUUUGAGUUAUUUGCUUUAUGUAUAAGGCGCGGCUAACAUCAAAUGUUUGAUUUAAUAAGUGAUGUAAAUAAAAAUUGCAUUGCAUCGCUCGAUUAGUUUUAGGCAGCGGUUCAUCUAUGCCGAGAUAUUGCUGACAAUAAGCGACAGUGAUCACUUACUGUCAGGUAGGCGCAGCUACCGGAGCGCGCAGUUAUCACAACCCUAGUGCUCCCACCUUUGUAUGAGGUUGAUAUCACGUUUGUCAAUUGUAUUGUGAUAUGUUCUUUGUAUUCCCUUCUUAUACGACAUUGAAGCGACGGUUCGAUCUAUUUAUUAUUUGUAAAGACAUGGAGCGAUGUAUGAUAGAAAAUAGCACGUAUGUCUUUAUAAUAAAACUAAAAAUACAAUGCGGUGGAUGAUAAUCUACCGAGCACAAGGUCCUGAAUUGAAUGUCUUUCUAUACGGAUAGUAAGUUUUGUAUAUUUUUUAAAAUUUCAAUAAAAUUCAUCUUUUACUCUCAUAUUAUGUAUCGAAAGGUCAUAUUGUUUUUUUUUUAAUUCAAAACGAAUUUGACAUUGAUGUUUUGCGAUAUGGAGUGUAAGGAGUACCAUCUCAGUGUAUUAAAAAGAGUCCCCUAAAAGGGAGCCAAUUAAGAUGGCGCCACAGUAGCACGUGGAAAGAUUUAAAAAACGGAACGUGUGUCGCUGUGGUAAUUUUAAACAAGAAAAA